GUGCUCUGGGUUCAGUUCUGCCCCCCUGUGGGUAAAGUAACCACCGCAUGGGAGUUAGUCUCCUGCCACCGAGGUUAGUCAUUAACCUUGUCUUCGCAGUCACUCAGGGCACCGAAGAAAGCGGACAGCGCUCUGUCCAAGGCAUGCUGCCGCUCGGCCGUCUCAUCUUACCAUGGGCGACUGUAACCACUGCACACCCGGCCGGGCUUUGUCCGUAGAGGACGGCGUCACCGUCGUGUUCCACAAAGUUGACAGCCAUAGCACGAACUGCAACGACGACCGCGACGACGACGACGACGACAACGGCGAUGAUGAACGGACGACAGAGAGGAUUCACUUGCAGAGUAACUGCCGUGUGUCGUGGGAAAACGACUGUGAUGCCGCCGAGGGAGAAGCGGGAGGACGCGAGGAUUCACCGGAAGGCAGCGAGGAGAAAACGCUCUGUCCGCUGGUGUGUUGCGUCAGAAGCGGGCUCGCAUCCCGAGACGGAAGCGCACGUGAAGAUUCGGAGACACCAAAGAAAUGUUCAGGUCUUGGUUUGUUUUAUGCGUUCCUGUCCACAGUUUUCUUCUCCACCAUUGCCCUCUUGGUGAAAACCAUCCAGGGAAUCCACGCCAUAGAGAUCAGCGCCAUACGCUGCUUCUUCCAGAUACUCUUUACUAUGCCAUUACUCAUCUACCACAAGACAGGUUUCCUCGGUCCCAGAGAUAAGCGUGUAUAUCUGGUGCUUCGGGGUUUCAUUGGCUCCAAUGCCAUGAUCCUGCUCUUCUAUGCUGUUCAGCAGAUGCCGCUAGCGGACGCCACGGUCAUCAUGUUCAGUAAUCCAGUCUUUACCUCCAUCCUGGCCUGGAUCUUCCUCAAGGAGAGAUGUACCAUCUGGGACUGUGUCUUCACUGUUUUCACCAUCACUGGAGUCAUCCUCAUCGCCCGACCGCCGUUCCUCUUUGGCGAGGACCGACGUGGCAUCGAGGGCAACUACACUAACCACAUCAAGGGGACUAUCGCUGCCUUUGCAGGAGCCAUUGGAGCUGCCUUCACAUUUGUUGUCCUUCGCAAAAUGGGGAAGAGUGUCCAUUACUACCUCUCUGUCUGGUACUAUGCUGUCAUCGGGUUCAUCGAGUGCGUCAUCACUGUAUCCGUCCUUGGGGAGUGGAAAAUCCCAUUCUGCGGCCGCGAUCGCUGGCUGCUGAUGCUGAUUGCUGUCCUGGGUAUCGCCGGCCAGACCUUCCUCACAAAGGCCCUGCAGAUUGAGAAGGCUGGACCUGUGGCCCUGAUGAGAACUAUCGACGUGGUGCUGGCGUUCAUCUUCCAAUUUAUUUUCCUCAACCGUGCACCGACCUGGUGGAGCCUCGGAGGGGCGCUGUGCGUAGUGGUGAGCACAAGUGGAGUAGCACUUCGAAAGUGGUACGUCAACUCUCACAAGAGCUGAAAAGGAGGAGCGACACAGAAUACUGUGGCGUAACUAUUUAUUCUUUUUUUUCACUAUCAUAUGUUCUUGAUUUAUUCUGUAAUCUUACUUGUUACUUAAAUGCAAACCUUUGAGGAGGUCUAAGCUUUUUGGAGAAUUGAAAGCAGGAAUAUAGAAAGAUAAUUUAGUAGGAGUCAGUUAUGAGUUUAUGAUUGAAUUCAAAAUUGAAUUAUGUGCAUCUAUACAUGUUGAUUCCUGAGAGUCAACCUGUGGAACUCAUUGUUAUGCAUUUAUUUUUGUGUAAAUGAGCACUAGAGGAAAUAGGAGAAAGGAAAAACUGUUGCUGCCCCAAAACCAUAUCCGGCUCCCUGGAACCUGAGCAGCUAACUAAGUAUUCAACACAGAUUUCCUGUUUUGUCCUUAAUAUAUAGAUAACAUAAAUGGGACUGAAAGUUGAAUUUUGCCAUGGUGAAGCAGUCCAUUUUCCCUUCACUGUAUUGUAACCUGAGUGAAAUAGCCAAAGAGAGAGGUUUACUGCUUUGGGACCAUUCGUACUGUGUCACAUAACUUGGUAAUAAUAAUAGAUUGAAUUAAAAGUAAACUACAUAUUAGUAUGUACUAGGCGCUAUCAAAUGGGCAUCUGCAAAAAGUACUUAAAGGGACAGUUCAUCCCAAAAUCAAAAGUACAUAUUUGUCCUCUUAACUGGAGUGCUGUAUAUUAUCUAGAUUGUUUUGGUGUGAGUUGUCAAGUGUUGAAGAUAUCGGCCAUAGAGAUGU